CCUCGGAUGAACAGUAUUCUUACUUCUGCAACUGAACCAUAUGAUCUGUCUUUCUCAAGAUCCUACCAGAGUCUCUCACACCUUCCACCAUCUUAUGAAUCUGCAGUUAAAUCUGACAUAAGCAAGUAUUCUUCACUAAAGCGGUUAAGUGAAAAGGAGAUUGAUGAAUAUUACAUGAAAAGGCGACACCUUCCAGACUUGGCAGCGAGAGGAACCCUGCCUCUCCACAUUAUGAAAAUGAACCAGGAACACAGUAACACCAGGGAGAGGCCUAGACGACCAAUGCGAGCAAUGUCACAGGACAGAGUCCUGUCUCCAGAGAGAGAUGUGCCUCAAGAAUGUGUCAUGACUUACGAGCGCAUCCUAUCUGAUGAACAACUGCUAUCAGCUGAACGUCUUCAGUCCCAGGACCCUCUGCUCUCUCCCGAUAAAGUUAUGUCCCUCAAACGCUCGGGGUUCCGUGAAAAGGCCAUGUCCAGGGCCUUGUCCCAGUCCCACACAGAUGUCUUUGUAUCCACGCCCGUCUUAGAUCGCUAUAAGAUGACAAAAAUGCACUCGCAUCCCAGUGCCUCAAACUCUUCUUAUAAUACCUUAAAUACAAAUCAAACAAACCACACUGCUGCUAAGCGACAUGCCUUUGCUUCACGUCGGCACAACACAGUGGAACAGCUCCACUAUAUCCCAGGACAUCACCGUAAUUACCAUACAGCCAGCAAAACAGAAGUAACUGUUUGAUCUUAAUAAAAAAAAACACAUCACCGAUUCCAUAAUAACAAGAGUCUGGAAUAUUUGUCAGUGAGCCAGAGGACAAUGGCACUAUCAGACCACACUAAUUACUCACGCCCUAAUUCCUGACAUGUUAUUCGAACAAAUGCAUUUGUUUUAUCUAAACAAAGUGGCAUCCAAUAUGAGGCUUCAGUCUUUCCAGAGACAUGUAACAUCAGUUCCUUGUUUUAUUCAAGGUUUUCAUUUUAGUUGGUACAUUAGCACAACAGAUGGUAUUAUACCAUCCAGGUCACCUGACAGUUUCUAUCAAAGGAAGCCAUGUGGUAUGGUAGUCAAUUUUAAAGGGCUGAUGGAGAUACAAGGUCAGUGGUUGAAUUUCUAACCAAAUGUUAAUGCUACUAUUGGAGAUUAAAGCUAUUUUGGUUAGGAGAUACCAGGUUAGUUUUCUGAAUAGUCAGAAUUGGUGUGUUUGCUCAAUUCUUUUUUUUAAAAAAGGAAGGUUGUACCAUAUCAUCCGAAAUAUGUGAAAAAAAAUUUCAUCUUCUAAGCAUGUACAGUAUAAGUCAACCAACUCAUGGGUGACCAUUUCCAUACACUGGUAUGGGACACAGCUGGCUUUCCCUCCAUGUGUUUCUUUUGCCCCUUCAAAAGAUGAGAUGGUUACUUUGACUUCAAGGCCUAGGGAGGUA